AUGUUGACGAAACUUGUGAUUUUUUCGAUUUUUGCCGGUGUUUUGGCCGCCAUCAAAUGUCCCUCAGAUUAUCCAUUUAAUGACGAUGGUUGGUUUUGUUUAGAAAAAUUUGAAUUUCAGCUCGAAUUUCAAUAAAUAUCGAUUUUCAGACAUUGCCACGUGGAUUUUCAGAAUCCUCAUGAAAUUUUAGCCCGGAUAGGUACAAAAAUUGAAAAUUUUUCACUAGCCGGAUCGAACCCUCCACCUCUAGAUCAAUAAAUUGAUCUCUAACCGAUUGAGCCAAUUUUUCGCAAGGUAGAAGGUCGCGGGUUCGAUUCCCAGUGUCUGCGACGUUUUUUCUCAAUCAAUUUUCGAAAGCAGGCGCUAGGAAUCGAACUCGCAACCUUCUACCUGGCGAAAAAUUGGCUCAGCCGGUUAGAGAUCAAGUUAUUGAUCUAGAGGUGGCUGGUUCGAUCCCGCUAGUGAACAUUGUCUGAUUUUUGUACUUAUCCAGGUUAAAAUUUCACGAGGAUUCUGAAAAUGCACAUGAAAAUGUCGGAAAAUCGAGAAUCUAAUAUAAUAUUGAAAAUUCAGAGCAACGAUUCUUCAACCUUAUCAAAAAUGCCUCAAUCACCGGAGCCGCCAUUGCAUUGGAACAUUUGGAACAACCGUACAUUUCCGACUUUGCAUUUGCUCGAAAAUUGAUCGAAUUCGAAAAAUAUUUGGAGCAUUACGUUCAGGAAGAGCGUAUCUACUAUCAAAAAGGAUACAAUUAUUUGAAUGAGACUGUCGCUAGGCCAGCAAGCAGAUGCGCCGAAAAUACUGUUGCUUUCAAGCGUCUUAGCUUCGCUAUCGCUUAA